CCAAACUCAAAGCAAUGGCCCCAAACACAACUGUAAUGUGAUCACUCAUCAAGGAGUGAUCCGAGCAUACGAAAUGCCACCACAAUCCAAAUGGGACAACGAAUGCAAAUUGUCUUCCAUGAUGAGGAGCUGGCUCCCUGCUCCAUCCUCGCCACUCACCCCUUCUCCUUCACUCUCUGCACCGCCUGUAGCGCCGCCUUCGCCAACAUCAGCACCGUCUCUCUCACCCUAAGCCUAAGCUGAAGAAGGACUGAAGAAGUAGCCCCCCUCCGCCAACCCUGCUUGAGCAGAAAUCGAUGGUGAAGAGGAAAUCCGGUGAGAUUAACAAUGGUGAGAGGUUAGCGGCUCCGUCCAGACCUAAAAUCGAGAAUAACCAAACCAAUGACUAUCUAAUGUCAAAGUUUAGAUGGAAGAUCGAUAACUUCUCGCGUUUAGAUGUUGAAAGGCCUUACUCUUCAGUGUUUAAUGUAAAUGAGUACAAGUGGAGGUUGUUGCUUUAUCCAAAGGGAAACAAUACAGCUCAUUUGUCUCUGUACCUCGGUGUGCCUGACCUGCAUAGUUUACCCAAUGGUUGGCGUGUACCUUCAAAGUUCAGUCUAGCCCUUAUUAACCAGUUAGACCCAAAGAAAACCAUUAAGAAAGAAGCCAAACAUGCUUUCAAUGCUGAUGAAAGUGACUGGGGCUUCACUUCAUUCAUCACACUUCAUGAGUUUUAUGACAAAGCUGAAGGUUAUCUUGUUAAUGAUACAUGCCUGAUCGAUGCUGAAGUAUAUGUUCCUGAUGGUUCUUCAUGUGUGAUGAACAAUGCUACUUCUCCUGUUUCCCCAUAUCAAGCUAUUGAUUCAUCUUCUUCUUCUGCUGUUGCUCUUGAUCCUGUGGAAUCUGUGUACUCUCGGGUUCAAUCUGUUCUCAAGUCACUACCCAAGUCACCGUCCAACUUAGCAUCUGGUGCUAUUCCAUGUGAAGUUCCUUUGUUUAAAGACCGUGCAACUUCUGCAAAAGAAAUCUUUGACAAGCUGAUAGCAUACCCUUUGGAGGACUUAGCUGAUCCCCAGCAUGAACCUGCAAUGUUGGAGUCACUCUCCAUACUCACUAAAAAUCUUUCUUUGUUCAGCAUUGGGCAGGCUGAAGAGAUUUUGAACUUGAAUGAUUCUUUUCCUCAGAUGAUGCGGGAGUGGAGGGAAUUGAGUAAAGUCAAGGGGAGCAGUGAGCAUCUUUGGGCUACUUUUGAGAAGACGAAGCGUUUGCUGGAGGAUUUAGUGAAAACGGAUGAAGGGAUAAAGAGUAAAUUGGAGGUGCUAGUUAGGAGGGAAAAGGAAUUGAAAGCUGAGCUGGAAAAAAUUGAAAGCGAUUCUCAGCAAUUGAAGGUGGAAAGAGGAGAAGUGUCGAAACAGACUAAGAAAGUGUGUGCUCUUGCUGAGGAGCAGGCUUGCAUUAUUGAAGGAAGAGAGGCUGAGGUGGAUGGCGCCAACAAAAAGAUGGAGGGUUUGAAGUCCAAAUGGGAUGCUACGAGACUUCGUCUCGUUGCUUGAAAUGAAGAAAAAUUAGGCUGUGUCUAGCUACUUUGUAAGUGGUAGGUAUUGCUUAUUAACCAACCUUAUUAAGAUUAUCAACCAUUAGAAGAAAGGCUGAGGUGGAAGGUGCCAACAGAAUUAGUCAAUUGUAGGUAUUGCUUAUUAACCUUAUUAAGAUUAUUAACCAUUGGAAGUGAAUCUGUUAAGAAUGUUGUUUCAUGGAAUCCUAUGUUUGUUUUAGGUUCUUCUCCAGGCCAAAUGCAUGUGAAACUUCUUCAGCCAUUAGUUAAUGAUAAAUUAUAAAUGCACUGGCUGCUACAACUUAAAUAAAGUUAAUGUACAAAAUAAAAUGCAAGUAAAAUAAAAAUUGAUUACAAUUUAUA